UUCCGGACAGCCUCAUCAUGCAGUUGCAGUAGCAGCUAGUGGUAGAUCUACUACAAUAAUUAUGUGGUAGCACCCUGUGUAGUGUAGAUCUACAUGUAGCUGGACGUACAUAGUCGAGUCGUCCCUGGCCUGCAUUUAUGUCGUGAUUCGUGACCGGCAGGCAGUAUGAAGUCGUAGAUCUAGUACUAGUAGUACUGUAGCAGGUGAUCGGAAUCAUCGCGGAGCGCUCCGAUCGAGCAGGAUGCAGGAUGCAGGAUCAACGAUGACCUCCACUCUUCCUUAGGCUACGGGCCCCAGUUAUGCCUGCUGUUCACAACUAUUAUUUUUUCUUCGCAGCAGUACUUGUAAACAAGGAACGAAUCAUCAUCGGUUGCACUUGCAGUUCUUACCAUGUGCUUUCGUCUGGUCUGGCAAAUGGCCUAGCGACUGUUUAAUGUUAUGAACUAACGUUACUUUUGUGUGUAACCGCUCCAUCUGUGUUUGAAGUACAAGUAACAGUUCUUUAGUUGUAGAUCUACACUGUCUGUAGAGUGUAGUAGUUGGUAGUUCUGGGUUUGGGCCUACUACUACCCGGCGUGUGCGUGUAACGUUAUAGUAGCAGCUGCACUCGUUACAGGUGUUAUUCCAGCUGUGUAACUCAGUCACAGACUCAUUGUGAGAAGUAACACCAUGGACGUCCGAAAUUGGGGCGGCGAGUUGCUAACUCGGCCUGUAAAAUACAAACAAGUAACUCGCGUCGAUGAAAUAGUGGAAGUUGUAACGGACCCUGACCAAUACCCAUCUCCAGUUAGAGCUUUGGGCUCGCGCCACUCCACGACUGAUUGCAUCGAUGCCGACAAUGGAACGGUACUGGAUAUGCGGCGGCUUGACUGUAUCAAAGACCCGGAUGAGAGAAACAUGACCAUCACGGUAGGAAGUGGAGCUCGCUACUACGACAUCUCACACAAACUGCAGGCUCACGGCCUCAUGCUGCACGUAAACACGGAGAUUGGCAACCUGACUGCUGGCGCAGCUGUCGUGGGACAAACCAAAGAUUCUGCCUUUCCUGACGAACAUGGCCAGGUCAGCUCUUACGUGGUCUCCGUUAGAAUGAUCACUGCUGACGGGCAAGACGUGAGUGUGCAUGAGGACACUGACCCGGAGCUUAUGAGACUUGUACGCGGCAGCUUUGGAUUGCUCGGCAUAGUGUAUGAAGUAACGUUCAAGAUUGCUCCACUACGCCUGAUGCGACUUUAUCACAAGGUAUACACAUUGGACGAGUUUAUCGACGGCUUGGACGAGAUCAGAUCAUCGGGCUGUGCUGUCAUGUAUUACAUGAUGCCAUUCUGCAAUCGUAUCAUCGUAGAGUUCCGCUCCUACAUACCAGACAAAUGGCUGGAUGAAGUGGAGGAUCACUGCAUGGAUGGAGAUUGCGUCAACAACAAGCACCUCUUACCAUAUGGCAGCGACUGGCAGUUUGCAGUUCGCAAUAUGUCUUGGGCAAAGGUGACGCCGCUGGUUGGACGGCUGGUGCAGAUGGCUCCAUGCCCACUGAGAAACGCACUGUACAUGGCAUCAGACUACCUAGCACUCUGCGUUUUGUCCACAUUGGCAGGAUACCAUAUUCUACCGGCCGAGCAAACCAUUCUCUACAACGAUAAGCCGUUCAAAGCAACGCAGUACACUUUCUCUAUCUUUUCCUUUCCUGUUGCUGGCUUCUCUCAAGUCUUACGUGACUACUUUGCCUUUCUCCAGACAUACCAUAAACGGACGGGCUGGCGAUGCUCCCUGGUCAAUGUUGGCUACCGUCUUUUCGAGGACAACAAGUCCUUUCUCUCCUACUCUGCAGGCAGUGAGUGCAUGACGUUAGACCCUGUGAGCAGUGGUGGCGAUGACAACUGGUACCCAUUCCUGAAAGAUUACAACCAGUUCUGCCUGGAUAACGGUGGAAAGCCGUUGAUGAACCAGACACCUUGUCUGACGCCGGAAAUCACUCGUUCAUGCUUUGGCCCACAGCUCGAUCAUUUCGAUAUUCGCCGGAGGCAGAUGGAUCCAGAUGGUCGCUUCCUUAACGGGUAUUUCAGACGGCUCUUUGAAUUCCAAUAGAAGUCACUAGGGACAUUAGUCAUCAUCAAGAUCCGAUGAUUAUCAGCAGCAGCAGCAGCAGCAGCAGAACAGCUUCAACUCAAUUAAUCAGCGUGCUAUUGCGUUUUACACGUUCAAUUUCUGCUAGUCGAUGCCAACGAUUCAGGCAGUUCAAGUUGCCUUUUCUAGUUUUAGUCUUAGGCGUCGCUUUUCUAAUUGCUAUCUCAACGGCGCUGCAUAUAGGCAUCCCUCUUGUUAGUUUGCUGACCGAAAUAUGUAAUCCACGUGGUUUUUUGCUACAUCUGAUCCAAAACAAAUUGUAGCCUUUCCCCAUCUAUCAAAAAUAUAUACGGAGUCUAUUCUGGUUUGAAAAAAUGUUACCUCCCAUGGGUGGAUUAUGUGCACUA